UAUUAUUUUUAAUGAUUAGAUAUGUAGGAGACACUUGGGGUGUAACGGUUGCGUAAUAGAGCUAGCUAGAGCUGGACAUUCCAACCCUCCGUCCGAAUAUAUAUAUAUAAAUUUGAGAAGGUGGCAGGCAGAAGAGAAGAGUGUUCAUUUCAUUUGUUCCUUCCUUCCAUUAUUCAUAUAUAUCUCUUCUCUUCUCUUCCAGUUCCAGCCAACAAGGUAGGGAAAAAGACAGGGCAGGGCAGACUUAUUACACUGUGGGGUUGGUUUUGUCUCUCUGGAGUAAGUGAGAUAGAUACAUACAUAUAUUGGUUUUCCUGAUAGAGAUAUCCAUCCCCUUAAUUAAUUCCCACCCAAUUUUCGAUAUUUGGGAGAGAGCUUAUCCUUCCUUCUCCAACCUCAGGUAAUUAUUAGUUCAUGUUCUGUCUGUCAAUCAUAUACUUCCUCGGAUCUACCUCUCUUCUGUCUCCGAUCUAAUCUAAUUUGGUGGCUGUUUCUGUUUUAGUGACGAUCGAGAGGAAAAAGUAUGGGUUACUGGAAAUCAAAGGUUUUGCCCAAGAUCAAGAAGGUGUUCGAGAAGGACAGCGCCAAGAAGGCCGCCGCCGCUGAAGCUACCAAAGUUUUCGAUGCCUCCAAGGAGGACAUAAGCAAGGAGUUCGAGGAGAAGAAGGUUGAACUCCAGCCUAAGGUCCUGGAAGUCUAUGAAGCAUCCUCCGCCGAAAUCAAGACGGUGGUUAAGGAAGGAACGGAGGCGGGACUGAAGAAGCACUCCGCCGCCGUGGUCAAAUUCGUCGAAGAGCUUGUUAAAAUCGAAUUCCCUGGAUCAAAGGUGGUGUCGGAGGCAUGCUCCAAAUACGGCCCAGCCUACGUCCCCGGCCCGGUCCUCUUCGUUUUCGAGAAGGUUUCCACUUUUAUCCCCGUCGAAGAAAAGCCGGCCGAGCCGGAGGCGGAAGCUCCAGCUCCGGCAGUGGAGGGGGAAACUGCAGCCACCACCACCAGCACAGAGAAGGAGAUCGUCGUUGAGGAAGCCGCCGCCCCAGCUGCAGCGGAGGCCGAGAAGCCUGCCGAGACACCGGCGGCUGAACCCCCCGCAGCAACUGAGGCGCCGGCCGCCGCCAAGGUGGAGGAAGCAGCGCCAGCUGCUGCUGCCGCACCGGAGGCACCGAAGCCUUGAUCAUAUGAGCGAAAAACAAGAUAUGCAAAGUAAUUAAUUACUAUUCUUGCGUUUUGUUUUCUAAACACGAAGUUAAUUACGUGGUUUAUUUGUGAAAAAAAAGAAAAUAAUUAUCAUGUAUCCUGAAGAAAAAAAGAGGGGGACUAUUUGUUAUUCUUUAUUAAUACUGUGUAUCCUUCUUUCCUCGAUCUCUCUUGUAUUUUUCUGGUUUCUGUGUAUUAUUGUGGUUUUUCUUCCUGUAAAGUUAUCUGUGAGUGUUUUUUUUUGUUACUGUUUAGACAGACACAUUUAUCCAUAUUAUUGGUGUAUAUUAAUUAAAUGAAAUUAUGUUUGUGGAUGUAUGUUGCAAUAUUAUAUUCCACGUCCUUAUCGUAAUAAAUAGUUUGUGUAUGUAUGUAUACAUGUAUGGAUUAUUAUGGACGUACGUAGCUGUGGGCAGAAGAGAGGAGGACACAACAAUUAUUGAUAUGUCUAGUUGAGAAGGAGGUGGCGUGUGCGUUACUACUUGACAUGACAUGACAUGUUAUUUUUUUGGGUUUAUCUGUCUAUAGAUAGCUCCUUUGCCAUGUGUAUUUGGUCUCUAUUGUUGGCUAAGACGUAGGGACCCAAAUGGAACGGUCCUAAAUUGACAACUAAGGAAAGGAACGUUGAAAAGGGGAAACAUAACAUAAUGGUUGCUUGAUAAGGGAAGGGCAAGUUGAUGGUUGGAGAAGGAAUCUAUCUAUUCUAUAAUUCAUCUGUUCCUUCCUAGCCAAAUCAAUAGGUGAAAUGAAUUGGUGAAAGCUAAGGUAUUAGAAUGAAGAACGGAUCGAGUUGAACUUGUUAGCUACCUAGGUGGAUUCUCAAGACGAGACUAGAGCGAUCUUGUUUUUUUGAAGUUCGAUUUGGUCGAUUUUUGAGAGGUGGGAGGCUGAUGUCUCACACUUAGUUUGAUGUUUCGUACGGCAACUAGUUUUACUAUGUUGUUGGUUGUUUGACUAUAGUUGAUAGGUCUAACUGGAACAUUUGAUUGUGGCAUAGCAGAAGGCUUGGGGUGUUGGACACAAUGAUUAGAAGAGAGAGAUUGUCGAUUUUAGAUUGUAACCAUAAUCUUGUUUCAAAAAACCUGCGAACAAUAAGUUUUUUGUCUCUCCAUUUUCAUUAUAGUCCAGUUGAUCUUUUGUUAUUAUUGUAAUUAGAAUUAGUAUAAUGCUCAAAUAAUUUUCAAAUCUUUAUUGAUUUUGAUAAAGGUUUGUAAUGCAUUGCAUUCAUUUAUAAUUUUUUUUCUUUACCAAGAAAUGGGGGGGGGGGGGGGGGGGGGGGGGGGGGGCUAUCCUCAUGUAUAAUAUGAUGUAUUGUUGUCGGCUUGCUAGAAAGUUCAUGCAUAUUGUAGAGAUAGACAAGACUGUGCUUCGAGAGUCAGUCCACGACUCUAUUCCCUUCCCGGUAUUUAUGUACUAUUCAGACAAGAAGGUCGUGCUUUGUAGCGGCCAUGUCAUUAAUUACUUAUAAUAGGCCAAAAAUUGAAUAAACAAAAAUAUUAAAUCAACUACUUUAUCCCUUUAACACAUAAUAAUUUUCUCUAUUUUUUGUUUAUUUUUUCUGUCUCUCUAUAAUAUAGUCUCAAGCUAUCAAACCGGUUUUUACCAUUGUUCCGAUUUAGUAAAUAGAAUAGUUCGAUCAAUGGUACAAUUGAUUUAUGCCGAUUUAACAAAAUAUUUGGAAAUGUAAAAACCCAUUAAUAUCAAAUGAAUUUAAUUGUAUGUAAAACAAAUUUAAAGAUAGUUACUUAUAAAUUAUAUUCAUAUUUAAAUAAAAUAUGACAUUCCAAAUAAAAUAACACUAACCAGUCAACCCACCAUACAGUAUAAUACUGAAACUAAUAUAAUUUGGGAGAGAUUGAUGUUAAAUAUCAUAUUUACAUACGAUAUUUAACAUGAAUAUCUAAACAUUUAUACUUGAAUCCAACAAAUAACAUCAACAUUAAAUUUUAAAUUAAGAA